CUUUAGGGAAUAAGAACAUCUGGGUUUGUGAGUCAAAGGCAGCGUUAGAGGAGUAAAAACUCUUGGAACUGCUCUGCACAUUUCCUGUGUUUGAAGGUCUAGUUUUUCCUCCCCUCUCACUCCUUCUCCAUUUUACCUUUCUCCCUCAUUCUCUGCCUACCUUGUAGCACUGCAUCAUUUUAAGCUCUGGUAAGUGGGGCAAAUGUGUUGACCUUCUUUCUUUUGUUCUUCUUAUCGUUCUCUUUCUCUAUUUGUUUUCCUUUUUUCUGAGUCACAGAGGUUGUGGCAGGCAGGGGGCUGGAUGCACACAGACCCCCCGCAAUCUUUCAGGACCACUGAGCAGACGGAGAUUCUCCCACAAACACUCAGCAGAGAAGGCCUGAAGUGGAGAGUCAGCUGAAGCAGCAGCUGAACAAACAAGAGAGAUGGGGGUGGUGGACCAUGUAUGGACACUGGUUGCCUUAAGCCUCAUCCUGCCCCUGACCCAGGCAGAAAGUGUAUUGAGGUUGAACAAUGGACUGCGGGUGAUCCGAGGCCAGAGUGUUUCUGUGACCACAGAAGAGCUGCAGUUCAACUCUGAUGGGACCUCAGAGGCCUGCAAAGUGGAGGUGGUGCUCAAUGAGCCUGUGACUCAAAGGGUGGGAAAACUUACUCCGCAGGUUUUUGACUGCCACUUCCACCCUGAUGAGGUGAAAUAUAUCCAUAAUGGGAGCCCAUUACUGGAGGAGGACACAGUCAUGCUGAGAGUCUAUAGAUUCACACAUUCAGAGACAUUUACUGAGACGUUCUUCCUGAAGGUUCAGGUUCUGGAAGCUCAGAGGAGUCUGAUAGAGUUUGGGAAAGUUCCUCUGGUGGUUUCAGAGUUUUACGGCCUUUCUAACACCAUUGACAGCAGUGUAUUGACCUUCAGAUCUGAGCCUGAUGUGAUCUGUACUGUCCGUCUCCUCACCUCUGAGAUCAGCGUCCCGAUGUUGGGUCAGGUCAUUAAAGAGGAUCUGGCACAGACAGAUCAGGCAUCUGUGCAGAACCCUGGGCUGAGGAAAGGUCGACAAACAGCUAUUUCUUGCCCUGGAAAUAAGGCCUGUGUCCACAACACCAGAGAGGUACGCUUCCUGAAGGCCAGUUGCAGUGAGUUCCUCACUUCAGGCUUAAAGUACCAACAUCUCAGCCCUCCUUCACCUGAAAUUGACUAUGUGCCACUCCGAGUAGAAAUCAGAGAUCAAAACACUCGAGCCCUCUUGAAGACGGAAAGUGUUUGGCUCCCAGUCCUGAUCCAUGGAGCCAUGCAGAACCAGCCUCCCCAUGCUGCUUUCAUGUCCAUGUUCAUCCUAGAAGUAGAUCAGUUCAUCCUGACCCCCAUGACCACAGCUGUUCUGGAUGCCAAAGACAAUGAGACCCCACAGGCUCAGCUGGUGUUUAACGUGACCAAGCCUCCAGCAGAGGGCUACAUCACACAUCUGGAUGAUCAUACCAAGGCUGUAUUCUCCUUCUCUUGGCAAGACCUGAAUGACAUAAAGAUUGCAUAUCAGCCCCCAAACAGCAGCCACACCAGCAGAAAGAAUAUUGAGGUUGAUUUCCAGGCUAUAGAUGGCUUCUUCACAACUAGUCCUCCUAUUAUGGUGCAUAUCUCAAUCCGCACAGCAGAAACAAAUGCUCCUCGAGUCUCCUGGAAUCUGGGGCUGGAUCUACUGGAGGGUCAGUCCAGACCAAUCACGUGGGAGAACUUACAGAUUGUCGAUAAUGACAACAUAGACGCCGUGACUCUGAUAGCUGUGGACGGUCCUCUACAUGGACGACUCAGUGUUCGAGGUGGAAAGGGCUUCAUGUUCAAAGUGAAGGACCUCCGUGAGGGCAUGGUGGUUUAUCAUCAUUCUGAUAGCGACACCACGAGGGACUACAUCGUCUUCAGAAUCACAGAUGGACGCCACAGCAUUCGUCACAAGUUUCCCAUCAACAUCCUCCCUAAAGACGACACUCCUCCUUUUCUUAUCAACAACGUAGCAUUUGAGGUGCAGGAGGGGGGUUCAGUGUUGGUGGAAGAGUAUAUGCUUAUGGCAUCAGAUCUGGAUUCCAGCGAUGACUAUAUUCACUACCAGCUUGUUACUUUCCCCAGUGCAGGAAACAUAGUCAGGAAAAGCUCUGCACAUGAACCAGGUGUUCCAGUGAAGACAUUUAUGCAGAGGGACAUAUUACAGGGCCUGAUCUACUACAAACACACAGGAGAGGAGAUUUUUGAAGACUCAUUCGACUUCAUCCUAUCUGACAUCCAUGAACCACCAAAUCUAUCUGACAGACAUACAGUGGUGGUCCACGUGUUCCCUGUGAAGGACCAGCUGCCAGUGGAGGUCUCCGGCACAGUCCGUUCCAUCACAGUUAAAGAGACGGAGCUUGUUUAUAUUACACAGAGCCACCUUCACUUCCAAGCCCCCGAGCACCCAGACACUGACCUGAUGUACUUCAUCACCCAAUCCUGUUUCAGCCCUAACAAACCUCAGCUACCAGAUGCAGGUAGACUCUUCUACACAGAAACUACAAAAUCCAUGAAAAAAGAUGCCAUGAUUCCAGUACUUAAGUCAUUUACUCAGCAUGCAGUAACCCACCACAAGAUAGCCUACAUGCCCCCUGUUGAGGAUAUCGGUCUUGAGCCACUCUUCGUGCAGUUUGUCUUCUCUGUAAAUGACCAACAGGGCGGCGUGCUCACUGGACUUAUCUUCAACAUCACAGUCACACCUGUGGACAAUCAGGUUCCAGAGAUGUUCACUAACCUGCUGAGGGUGGAGGAAGGUGGAAGUAGUUUCCUGAUGGAGGAGCACCUAUUGGUGCGUGAUGCUGACAGUCCGAAGGAGAAACUCAGGGUGCAGGUGCGAACACAACCCCGGCAUGGCAGACUGGAGCUGCAGGGAGUGGUUCUAUCAGAAGGGGAAAGCUUCCAACUACAGGACCUAAAAACACUGAGGGUCAGAUAUAUCCAUGACGAUUCUGAGACUACAAGGGACAGCAUAGGCCUUACAAUCACAGAUGGAAUCAACUCUGCUCAGAGUGAACUUCUGGUGCAGAUCCUCCCUGUGAAUGAUGAGCCCCCACAGCUUGGCUUAGGCCUGAAAGAUGGGCUGUCCUGCAAGGAAGGCAGUCGUGUGCAGAUUACUGCUGAGUAUUUAUUUGCUACAGAUGCAGACAGUGAUGAUACCCGACUCACCUACAUGCUGGCUCGGACUCCAACCCAUGGGGUGCUGCAGAGGAACGGAGUCAUCGUGGACAAGUUCUCUCAGCUUGACGUGCUCAAUGGCCUCAUCUUCUACCUGCACACAGGAGGUGAAAUUGGUCCAGAUCCCAUAUCAGACACUGUUACUCUUAUAGUGUCUGAUGGAGAGGCCGGGACAGACGGUUGCUGCCAAGAAGAUGCAGUCCCACCACCUGUCCCUUUACAUGGGACACUUCCUGUGUAUGACCUUAAUGUCACUGUGAUUCCUGUCAACAACAAGGCACCAUCCAUAAUUAUAGGAAAAAUGUUGGUGGUGGAUGAGGGAUCUGCUGUGUGUCUCUGUGGUGAUCUGCUGACGGCUACAGACCCUGACACUAAGCCAGACCAUUUAAACUUCUUCCUGGAGAUCCCACCUCAGUAUGGCUUUCUGGAGAACACCCUUCCCUCCCCAGGCUUUGAAAAGAGCAAUGCGGGAAUCCAAGUGGUUUCUUUCAGUCAGCUCCAUCUCAGCUCUGGAUUCAUCAACUAUGUCCAGUCGAUUCAUCUGGGUGUGGAGCCCACAGCAGACCACUUCACCGUUAGUGUCAGUGAUGGAGUCCAUAAGUCUGAACCUGUACCUUUCUACAUCAUAAUCAACCCCACGAAUGAUGAGGCUCCAUCUCUGUUUCUGCAAAACUUCACAGUCAUGGAGGGAGGAAUGAAAAAUCUCAACCCUGCCAUUCUAGAUGCAGUAGACCUUGAUGCUCCACCUAAUCUUCUGAGCUUCACCAUCCUUGUUCCUCCUGCUCACGGGACUCUGCUGCAUGGGAUCUAUGGGCUUGACAUGAGCCAAUAUAAGGAUAUGGACAAAGAGAUUUUGCAAAGGAGUCUACUGGUGCACUCCUUUACUGUACAAGCACUGGGACAAGGAAUGAAGAUCAUGUAUAUGCACGAUGACACAGAAACCCGUGAGGACACUUUCACCAUGCAGCUGACAGAUGGCAGGCAUGCUGUCCAGGGGACUGCAUGGGUCCACAUCCUACCAGUCAAUGAUGAAAUGCCCCGGCUGAUAAAGAAUGCAGGUUUAGAGGUGGAGGCUUUGGAGAGGAGGGUGAUCUCCAGUGUGGUGCUGGAGGCGGAAGACCUUGACACCCCCAGUAACCAGGUCUACUAUAUUCUUAAUGCGAGCCCCAGAUUUGGCCUUCUGCAACUCAAGACAGAGGCUGGAUUGACCGACCUGAACGCAGGUCAAAACUUUACACAGGCGGAUGUGGAGAUGAACCGCCUGUUGUACAAACACACUACAUUCAGUGGGCUCAAAGGUCAUGACCACUUCCACUUUUUCCUCAGUGACAGAGACAAUGACACACCUCCACAGAGUUUCUUCAUCACUGUCCAAACUGUUCAGAAAGGUGACAUUUCUCUGAUCACUAAGCCCAUGACUAUAUCGGAGGGGGAAAGGGUUGUACUGACCACAGACAUUCUGAUGGCUACAGACAGUGGAAGCCAAUCAUUUGAGCUCGUCUACACCGUGACUGUCCCUCCUAAACAUGGACACCUGCACAUAGUCCAGUACCCAGGAAUACCUCUGCUCUCCUUCACCCAGAUGGAUGUGGCUUCACACCGAGUGUGCUACACUCACGACAACAGUCAUUCUACUGACCACGACUCCUUCAGUUUUGACAUCAGCAAUGGGGUGACCUCCAUUAGGAGUAGCCUCACCUUCAUAGUGGAGCACCAUGACCGUAUCCCACCCACCCUGAGCAUCAACACCGGCCUCCAGCUUACAGAAAGCACCACAAGAACCAUCUCACCUGAACACCUUCAGCUCAGUGAUCCUGAUACACCCUUAGAGAAUCUCACCUACACUGUUAUUCAACCACCACAGUACGGCAAGCUACUGUUAAAGGGGUUUCCCAUGUCCCGGACCCACUUCACACAAUUAGACAUCAACAACAUGCAUCUGAGCUACCAGCAUCUAAACAGUUUUUCUAAGAUUGACAGGUUCACCUUUCAGCCAUCAGAUGGAACCAAUAAAGGCUAUCUGGAAUAUGGACAGCUGAAGGAACAAGCGGCGGUUUUCACAAUACAGAUAGAGGUCUUAGACAAGACCCCUCCACACAUUGUAACUAAAGGGACCCCCAGCACAGUGGAAUAUCUACAAAACAACCAACAUGGCAUCUACAUCACCUCCAAAGAUCUCCAGGCUUCAGAUCCAGACAGCCCUUACCAAGAGGUGGAGUUCAUCAUCACACGGCCUCCACGUUUUGGAUACCUUGAGAACGCCAUCACAGGUGGCUAUAUCAAGGGACGCUUCACCCAGAAGGAUGUGGAUCAGAAAGCAGUCCGCUAUGUCAUUCCCUCAGACAUGGAAGUGACAGCAGACAGCUUUGAGUUCCAGCUCACAGACCCAGCAGGAAACAUCAUGCUUCCAGAAGUAAUGGAGCUCCGAUGGUCCCGGGUGGAGUUGACGGCUUCCUGUUAUCGUGUGUGUGAGAACGCAGGAACUCUAGCUGUGCAGGUGAUGCGCAGUGGGAAUAGCAUAGACCCUGCCUAUGUUGGCAUCCAGGUGGAAGAUGGCACGGCGAAGGUGGGAAAGGACUUCACUCAUAGCUCAGCUAGUCUGAUACAGUUUGAUCCAGGAGUCACUGUCAAAUUUUGGAAUAUUUACCUCAAAGAUGAUGGGCUGGAGGAGAACAAUGAGAAGCUAGAGGUGGUGCUGAAAGCCCAGAAGAACGCUGUUUUAGGUGCGACAAGCAGAGCCUCAGUGGAGAUUGUGGAUCCCAGACAUGGUAGAUGUGACCCAGAUGACUUGAUUGUUGAGGAUGAUGAGAAAAAAUCUACUGUCCUAUAUCCUCCACGAUUCCACAAGCCUCCACCUCCACCUGCACUAACCCCAGGAACAGCAAUAGAAGACUACACACCAGACCCAAACACUGGGAUUGCAUGGGAGAACUAUCCACCAAGGGGGGAUGUCCCAUAUCGCACACAGUUCAUUCGCUUCAGUGGUGGGGAAGCAGCGGACCAGCCAUUCCUCAGCCAAGGAAGGAGACAGCUAAGACUGCUGGGAAACAAUAGAUCUGGAUUGAGACAGGAAUCUUCAAAUACAAAUUGGCUCAAUAGGUUGACUCCAAUAAGGCCGGAGAUGGAGAUACCAGUGCCUCGUGUCCACCCAGAACUUGAGAUCACUCCAAUCUGGAACUGGCCUGGACUUUCUGCUGACUCCAGAUCAGCCGAGACUCCUCAGAGAGACUUUCCUACUGGCUUCACUUCAGCUGUACGCCAGCACAAGUCCACAAAGGCUGUUAGUGUUGGCUGUCUUCCUGGGUGGACCCAUUACAGACGGCGCUGCUACAUCCUGGGCCCGGGUGUAGCCAGCUGGAGGAAUGCUCAGCAUGCAUGCACAGUGCUUGACAGUCACUUGACCAGUGUUCGUUCAAAGACUCAUAUGAAGUGGCUAUGGAGGUUUGGUGGAAAACAACCAUUUUGGAUUGGGCUUUCUGGCUUUCCAGACCAGUGGUUUUGGGCCGACGGCACACCACUGAAAUUCUCCAGACUUAAGAAGAACAAGGCGUCAGACAAUCAUGCCCCCACUGGCUCCUCUCACAGCUGUGUGCUAGCCCAGGACCAAAAAAUAUGGACUAGAGAAAACUGUACAAUAGCAGAACACAAAUAUAUUUGUUCAGCAAGUGCAGAAGUCAACAAAUAAAGAGACAAUGAAUAUGUCUUUAUUAAGCUAGUGCCACUUCUUUCUAACUUGUAAACCAUUAAUAAAUAUUUGAUAUAUAAUUUGAUCAGCCUGUUUUCCUU